AUGAGUCAACAAAGCAGAAAAACAAGAAAAGAUCAGCUCGAGAUUCACAUCGAUCCAUCGAGUUUAUUUGCGAAAAGGGAGUUGAACACUUUGGACAAAUGCAUUCUAACAUUUUCAACUCUGGGAUUGGAGGCGGAUCGCCUCAUCAACGAGGCAAUCAACGUGCACUUUCCGGCGAUUUUGCUCUACGAAGAGAAUGAUCUCGCUCAAAGCGCGGUGAUCUCUCAGAUCGGCUUCUUCCUCCCAACCCUCAACAAUUUCGCGCAAUUCUUGGGAAACGUUUUACAAGUUUUUCGAAAUCUCCUUCAACAAAUCCGGGCUUUCUACUCAUUGAGUAAUACCGAAUUGCAAAAAGUCGGCGAUUGGACACUGACGAGAAGUUGGCGGACACUUGGCGAUUUGUUGUCGAUUUUGAUGCAGACCGACGAGAUUCUCCUCAAUCACGACGCUCUGAAACGUGACUGGAACCUCUACAGAAAAUCACUAGAAACCGCUCAACACAACCCAUCGCAAUUUGAUGUGAGUGUCGAUGAGUUGCGACCUCUCUUGAUCGCUCUCACCACAAUCGAUGCCCAGUUGAUGCAUGGAGAUGCGCUCAGGAACUGUUAUGAGCAAAGUUUCGGCGAAUUGGAUGACGAUCAGAAGUUCCGGGAUCGGAUGAAAAGCUCAAUCAUUGACAUGUACUCGCAAUGGGAAGCCACAGCUGUAGCCGAUGUGCCGGACAAACGCCAGCUCACAUCAUUGAUCUGUCUCGGCGUCUUUUAUCAUCUCCAUUUCGGUGGAAAGGACAAGAAAGUCGUGAAAACUUUGUGGAACAGUCACAAAAAGAUUGUGGCCUUUCACCUCAUCGGGAAUAUCGUUUGGCUUCCUUGCUGGUUCAUUUUAAGGGAAAUUCCAGAAAUGCGGAGUCUCGUCGACAAGAAAAGUCUUCAAUUCGUGCAAACAACCAAGGAGUCUCUCUACAAAGAGCAGAGCUCAGGAAUGAUCGCCGAGGCGCACGCGAUGUGCACCGAUUGUGAAGCCUGGGAGGCCGAUUUUCGGUUACAACUCGAGCCAAACGGAAGACAUUCGACGAGGCACGCCGCUGACUGUAUCAAGCUGGCCGAUCUUGUUUUAAAGGGUGCUCGUUUAUGCGACACAAUGUGUCGCCUCUUGCGCACCGUGCUCCAUAGUGAAGCGAAAGAGAAACGAAUGACGAAAAGCGAUUCGAUCAAAAUAUUUCAAGUUAUACAAUCUAUCAAGUCAAUCGCUCGUCUUUUCACCAAAAAAUGGUCGAUUGUGUUGGAGGUGUGUCAAAUGGCCGCACAUCAAUACCGCUGUAACGCGCUUUUGAUCGUUGGAAAGGGGAGAACGACGUGUCGAGAGUCGGGAGAAAUCGAGCGGCUCAAUGCGUGGAAUGUGGCUGCGGAGGCAUUGCUUAGCACCGAUUCGCGAUCUCGCCUCCUCGUCGCCGGGAUUGCUCUGGAAAUGGGCGUCUACAAGAAAGUACUUCGUAGCGCCGAGGCGACCCAAUUGGAGCAGCUGUUGACGAGAAUUGACACACUCGGGAGGCCAAGGAAACUCAUCACAAAGGUUACCGAUUGCUCGUUUCUUUACUGGGAGCGCUCGAUCUUUUCUCUCUAUUUUGACUCGAUCAUCGACAUCCAACCGACAAGAGAACAGAUUGAAUGUUUCGUUUGCACAAUCGGUGACUGUGCCGCGUUGACCUCCCGAGCUUCUCAUGUCGCCGAUCGGGCAUUGUUGCGCCGAUUUCAAAACGAUAUCUAUCAUUCAAUGCAAAAGGGUCUUUUGUAUACAAUGUGUGGCGAUAUCGAGAACGAUCUCCGAAUUCUCAUCCAUAAACACUUAGCCGUCGAUGAAAAGGACAAAAUAUCGCCUAGAAAAUUCGCGUUUUACAAGAAUCUUCUAAAAGAUCCGCAAAUCCGUCUAUUCGAUCGGGUGCUUGAUGUGAGAGAAUUUGUCGAACGUUACUUGGAGAAGACUUUCUAUAAUUUGACCGUCGUUGCUCUUCAUGAUCGUCACACGUAUACAAGAAUGGCCGGACUGGCUUUUACAAGAUACCAACUCCAACUGAUCGAUGGGCAUCUACCGCAUUUCAACCUCGACCAAGGCCUAGAUGUGAUCUCCGUGAUGAAGAACCUCGGCCAAUUCGUCACCAGCUACAACUACAGUCUAAAUCAACAAGUAUUCAUCGAGAAAGACUCUGCCUCGAAAUUCCUCCGUGUUCUCUCCGCUCAACACGUUGCCAACUCGUUGAGAUCUCAUGGAACAGGUGUCCUCAACACGGCUGUCAAUAUAACAUAUCAAUUAUUGAGGAAAAAGAUGGCCAUAGUGUCUCAAUUUUUGGCCGAAGAACACGUGAAAGCACAGCUGCAACGAGAAGUUCGAUAUUUUGAGGAAAAUGGGGAAUCGUUGCAGAGAUUGUAUCCAGUGAAAAGAGCUGAGAAAUUCAAUCGAGCCAUCACUCAAUUGGGAAUGGAAGGAGAAGAGUCGUAUUUAGACAAAUUUCGACAAAUCGUUACACAGAUCGGCAACGCGUUGGGCGUGGUGCGUGCUUUGACGACAGCGGCUGCACUGGAGGCGUCACAAGCGAAACAAAGUGAUGUCGACGAGAGUGAUCUCCCACUCACCGAUCCGACCCAGCAAACCCCGGAGAUUUUCACCGUUGUCAAGGAUCUUCUCAAGGAAGUUCGCGAGCAGACCGGAAGAAACAGGAAUUAUAUUAAAAUGCUAAUCAAUGUGUUUCGUAGUGGAUUCGCUGAUCAAACGAAGUACUCUCAUUUAGCUGGCUUCUAUGCGGUGAUACCACCACUAACGGUGAACUACGUGGAACACAUGUUGACAUGUCGAGAGCGAUUGAGAAAGCGAUCACAACAAGGAAAAGAGAUCACAUUUACCGAUGAUGGCUUUGUGAUGGGUAUCGCCUAUUUGUGUACGGUGUUCGAGCAGUGGCGAUCGUUGGCUGCACUCAAUUGGUUUACCGCUGUGUUGAAGAGGUGCGGCGAAGAGCGGGAAAAGCUGAACUCCGACGAGACUCCGGUCGGCGAUCAGAGCGGGGUGAAAGCGUUGAGAUCACAGCGAUUGAAUGCAUAUGAAAAGGAAUUCAAAUUGCUCGCCUACACCCUGCAAUCGGCGCGCAUUUUCUACUUCUCCGAGAACGAUGAUCAGCAUUUGGUUACU